AGACUCAGCCAUUCCCCCUUAGACAGAGACAGAGCCGCUGAGAGGAACGUAUUGAUCUGACUGUGUGUUUAUAUUCCUGCUGGACAGUUUCACUGUAAUUUCAUCAGCUGCUGCUUUAAUGUUGGAAUUAUGACACUGACGAUAGACAAGGUGCAUGGCGGGAUGGACCUCGCUGACCUCCUGCUCACUAACACAGAUGAAACCACCAGUUGCCACAGCAACCAACCGUGGACUAUCACAAUACAUGACACCCUGAGCCCCAAGGGAAGUACUGCUGAUGACUUUCUAGACGCCCUGCUGGGUGGGAGCGACUCCUCCUCAACUACAGCGUCCCCCCUGUGGUCACCCUGCACCACUGACAGUGGCAUCCAGGAGGACCCCCCAGCAGAUCCCACAGAGAGCCUUCAUCCACCCUCCUGCAUGGCUUUUCCAGGAUUGGACACACAGUCUCUCCCUCAGCCUCCACCUCUGGAGAGUCAGCUACCACCAAACCAAAAAACGUCUUAUGUUUCCAUAGAUCUAGGCUGGGAGUCAGAUGACCUACAAGAGCAGCUUGGCUUUGCAUACUACCUCACUACAAACCAAACCUCCCCUCUGUCGUCCACUCAGACUCUCACAGUGAAGGAUCUGCUGCUAUCAAACCUGGGACAGACGGCGCAGCAAAUCCCUCAGCAUUCCCUGCAGGAGCUUGUACUUAAUGAGGAUGAGAAAAAGCUUCUGGCUAAAGAAGGGGUGAACUUACCCAACAAACUGCCCCUGACCAAGUUUGAAGAGAGGGUUUUGAAGAAGAUCCGGCGAAAAAUCCGCAACAAGCACUCGGCUCAAGAAAGUCGGAAGAAAAAAAGGGAAUACGUUGAUAGUCUGGAGGGAAGGAUGUCUGCAUGCAGCGCAAACAACCUCAAGCUGCAGAGGAAGAUCCAGCAGUUGGAGGAGAACAACAAUGCUCUGUUGGAGCAGCUAAGCCGGCUACAGGCUCUCCUGCCUAACAGCUCCAGCAAAGCAACACGCAGAGGGACCUGCAUUCUGGUUUUGCUCCUCUCCUUCUCCCUGCUCAUUUCCUCACAUCUUCAGCCAGAACCUCACAGCCAACUCAGCCGGGGAGAGUACACACAGACCAAAGUGCCAUCCCGCUCCCUGCAGUCAAUGGAUGAAGUACGAGACACCCCCCCUCUUCCUCUCCUCUCCAUCUCCAGGGGCUUUGAGGAUCUGUACAGCCUGACGGAGAAGCUCUGACACCGGACAGGUCUCCCAAUGCUAGACGUCCCAUUCUCUCACCACAGGGUGGUGACAGGCACCGGGACAAUCAUGUUCUCAGUGCCCCCAGGAGGAAAGACGUAGCAAAGGAGUGCAGUCUUGCUUGCAAGAGCAGCAUCCAAAUGAACAGUUUGAUUGUUUUUCAGCGUCUGUUUCUCACUGCAGAGACUGAGUGAAGUGUUAUGGUGUGUUUGACAUCCGUUCCCUGACACAAACAGCUAGUUAAAAGAUUGUUUCUGACUUAAAUUCACUGACUCAGAUGGAGGUCGAUGAGGAGGUCAUCCAAACAGACGUAAUGUGUUUGUUUUGCUUUGGAAAACAGAGCCUGUGGG